AUGGAAACUCACUGGAUUGGAGUGUUGGUGGCUGUGCUUGAGACACUGGAAUCGUUCCCAACCUUAGUCUUGGCUAGUGAGAUAAGGGCUUUAGAAGAAAGGCUUGCUAAUGCAGCCAUGGGCAAUGCCUUUCUUUUACAAGGAGGGGAUUGUGCUGAGAGCUUUAAGGAGUUCAGAGCUGAUAACAUUUUUGAUGCUUUCAAUAUUCUUGCUCAGAUGAGUAUUGUCCUCAUGUUUGGAGGGCAAAAGCCAGUUAUUAAGGUUGGAAGAAUGGCUGGUCAGUUUGCUAAGCCAAGAUCAACAACAUAUGAGGAGAAAGAUGAACUGCGGCUACCGAUUUACAAAGGGGAUAGUAUUAAUGGUUAUGACUUCAAUAGAAAAUCAAGAACUCCAGAGUGA